AUGUCGCAGGAGAAUGAGCCGCUGCCGCCAGAGCUGCAAGAGCUGGUGGGCAUCUUCCCGGAGGAGGAGCUGCGGGCUCGGAUGCGCAAGGCCGAUGCGGCUGCGAAGGCAGCCAGGGCAGCCAUGGAGAGCACCGCGGCUGGCGCGGCUGGUGCGGCUGAUGAUGAGGCCGAGCUGCCGACGGUGCGUGAUGGGCGCCUCUAUGUCAGGGUGAGGGGCCGAGUGGUUUGCUUCGAGAGCCCUCACCCAACCCCUGCGAUGUGGAAGGAGGCGGGGGAGCAGGUGGAUGCCAUGAAUGCUGCCGGCUUGCCGCUUGCCGCGUCGCUGAAGAAGUCGAAGGCGGCUGCCGACGCCACUGUGCAGAGCGGCGGUGCCAGCGGCAGUGGUUCGAGCCGCUAG